AUGUCCACCUCCCGCCGCCCAAUCUACACCAACCCCAGCGUAUCAAGCCAAAAAUGCACCUUCCCCGCAGUCGAGGGCCUAACCAAAUUCCACCAGUCCCUCAGCGGCUACACCCCAACACCACUAACCCCUCUCCCCUCCCUAGCAACUGCCCUCGGCGUCCGCGCCGUCCUCGUCAAAGACGAGAGUAACCGGCUCAACCUCCCCUCCUUUAAAGUCCUCGGCGCGUCAUGGGGUACAUAUCGCGCGGUCGCGGCGUUCCUAAGUUUCCCAACGACCGUGGCGCUGGAGGAGAUGGCUGCGCGGGCGAAGGAGAGGGGCGUGGUAUUGCUUGCGGCGACGAAGGGGAACCAUGGACGGGCUGUUGCGUCUAUGGCGAGGAUUCUGGGCAUUGAGGCAAGGAUCUUUGUGUCUGAGUCUAUGGAUCUCGCGACGAGGGGGAGGAUUAGUGGGGAGGGGGCGGAUAUUGUUACGGUGCAUGGGGAUUAUGAUCAGGCUGUUUUGGAGGCUUGGAAGGUUUCGCAGGAGAUUGAUGGGGGUCUAUUGAUACAGGAUACGGCGCUGGAAGGGUACGAGGAGGUUCCGGCGUGGAUUGUUGAGGGGUACGGGACUAUGAUGACGGAGGUUGAGACAGAGUUGGCGGAGAUGGGUCUUGAGGCGACGAUGAUGGUUACGCCAGUUGGCGUUGGGAGUCUGGCGAACACGGUUGCGACAUUUUGCAAGUCGCGCGAGACACCGAUUUCUGUUGUUGCAGUUGAGCCGGAUACUGCGGCGUGUUUGCAGGCGAGUUUGCUUGCUGGUGAGCUGACGCCUAUUGAGACGUCGAGGACGAUUAUGGAUGGAAUGGACUGUGGAACUGUUUCGACUACUGCGUGGCCGAACCUACAGCGUCUUGUUGAUGCUAGCGUUACUGUCUCAUGCUACGAGGCUCACCGUGCGGCUGAGUAUCUAGCGUCACAGUCGAUCACGGCUGGCCCCUGUGGAGCUGCAUCGUUGGCAGCUGUGCAGCGUCUCGCGGCGGAGGAAGGCUCCUGCCUCAACAAGGACUCUGUUGUGGUUCUUUUGAGUACGGAGGGUCCUCGAGAGUACCCGAUCCCCUUCGAUGUUUCCAUUGACGGUGCCGUCGAGCUGACAAGCAUGCUCACGAAAAUCAACUCUUCUAACCCCACACUAUCCCUCGCAGACGGCGCAGGAGAGAACCAAAUUUGCGACUAUCUCGCCGCAUGGUUCGCCCACCGUGGAAUGGAAACUCACCGGAUCGAGACUCUCCCCGGCCGACCCUCCAUUGUCGGAGUCCUACGAGGAGCAGGCGGCGGAAAGUCACUAAUGUUUAACGGCCACAUCGACACAGUCAGCCUAGCGAGCUACGAAAAGGAUCCACUCUCCGGCACUAUAGAUACAAGGAACGGCCAGGAGGUUGUCCUGGGAAGAGGAAGUCUCGACAUGAAAGGCGGACUUGCAGCUGCGCUCGCUGCCGUCGCCGCCGCUAAAGCCAGUUGCUUCCCGCUGAGCGGCGACGUUAUCGUCGCCGCGGUCUCCGACGAAGAGGAUGCGUCUCAAGGGACACAGGACCUGAUCGCUGCGGGCUGGAGGGCGGAUGCCGCUGUUGUCCCUGAGCCUACCUCGGGCGUCAUUGCGCAUGCUCACAAGGGCUUCGUUUGGGUUGAGGUGAGCAUUUUGGGCGUUGCUGCGCACGGCUCGAACCAUGUCGAGGGGGUAGAUGCUAUCCUCCAUACUGGCUGGUUCUUGAGGGCUCUCGAGGAGUACCAGCAGCGUCUACCAGUCGACGAUGUCCUCGGCCCUGCAACGCUACACUGCGGUCUCAUCCAAGGUGGAGAGGAAGCAUCCUCCUACCCGGCAAAAUGCACAGUCACAGUCGAGUUCCGGACAGUCCCCGGCCAGACAGAAGAGUCGAUUGUAGGCGAUAUCCGGGCCUUGUUAGCAAACAUUCAGAAAGAGAACCCACGGUUUAGAUUCGCCGAGCCAAAGGCUACACUGACUCGACCGGCUCAUAAGAUCGACUCUGACCACCCUCUCAUCAGCAAGGUCGCCGAAUGUGCGGCUGAAGCGAUGGGCAGUCAUCCUCCGGUCCAGAGUGUGCCGUUCUGGUGCGAUGCGGCGUUGUUGAGUGAGGCCGGGGUUCCGUCUGUGGUGUUCGGGCCUUCGGGGCAUGGGCUUCAUGGGAAGGAGGAGUGGGUUGAGGUUGAGAGUUUGAAGAAGAUGCAGAAGACGUUUACGAAGUUGAUCCGGGAUUUCUGUGCUUGA